AUGCAGCAGCAUCAUCAUCAUCAGCAGCAACACCAGCAGCAACAGCAGCAGCUGCAGCAGCAGCGACAUGGGGGCCCCCAGGCUCCUUUCUGCCCGUUAGGCAGUGCACGACGGGGUCAACAGGGGAGAAGAGGAGGUCGGGGGCCCCCCCGUGGGGGGCCCCAUGGGGGCCCCCAUCCCCAGGGGGCCCCCUUCAGGGGCCCUGGGCCUCGGCGUGGGGGCCCCCACAGGGUACCGGGGUGGGAGGGUGGCGUUCGUAUUCCUAUGGGGGCCCUCUCAGACCCUUGGGGGGCCCUUAACGGCAAAUAUGGGGGCCCCUGUCCCCUUGAGGGCCCCACAGAAGAGAUAAUGCAUGCAUUGCAUGCAGUAGUUAAGCGGGGGGAGCUGCUGCAGCAGAUGAUGAUGCAGAAGGGGGGGGCCCCUGUAUGUCGUGAAAGAACCACACACACGGGGGCCCCCCAAACAACACAGCCAGAAGGGCCCCCUAACGCUGCAGAGAAUACACCACCCCAGCAGCAGCAUCAGCAGCAGCAGCAUCACCAGCAGCAGCAGCAACAGUCUGCGGAGUUUGUUCCGUUGUCUAGCAGCGACAAAGACAACAAACCCCGGGAGGGGGCCCCACAAGGGGGGCCCCCCACUGAUGCAUCUGAAGGGGGCCCCUUUGUAAAGGCACAGCGGCGCCCUUUGCUUCUCCCUCCCCCUCGCUUUGAUGUAGACUCUGCUGCUGGUGCAGAAAAUGUAGACAGGCAGGGACCGGGAUUCGAUCCCACGGGAUCCGAUCCCCGGGGAUCCGAUCCCAAGAAAACCGAUCCCCCGGGAUCCGAUCCCCCGGGAUCCGAUCCCAACAGAUCCGAUCCCAUUGUCCCCCCAGGGGCCCCCGUGGGGCCUAGGCGCCCUUUCUGCCUCCCCGCAGUGACGCAGGGGGGCCCCCCAGGGGCCCCCUCUGAUGGUGGGGCUAUUUUGUGCUUAGACGAAGCAGGGAUACAAAAGAGACUGAAAACUCAACACUAG